AUGGCCGAAGAUGCGAUGAAGGUCCAGACGAUAAACGAUGCGGGUGGUGAUAGCGAUAGACCACACAAAAACGGAGCAGUCAAAAGAGUCACAUCGGACGGAACGUCAGACAGGAAGCAGCAUGGUGUGCAACCAGCAACUGCAAGGGCAAAUUUGUUACCUACACAUGGAGUGUCACAUUCAUAUGGAGUGUCAAGAAACAUUCAUGAAACAGUUAGACCAUCUUGGUCAUGUCCAGAAUAUGAUCAGGCUCAUCGACAACAGCCUAAUGCUUUUUCUCAACAUCUACCAUCUCACACAAAAGCAGAGGUUGGCAAACCAUUCGAGAACAAGACAGUAAUUCCGAUGCAUAAUCGGCCUCAACAUGAACAUGCACGUUUUCCGAUUAACAAUACAAGGCAUCAGACAGCACAAGCCAAUGCUGAAAGAGAAGAGUUUGAAUUCAGCAGUUCUCCAUCUCUUCACCUUGGUCAGCAACAGUUGAAUUUUGAAUCAUCUACUUCAUCACGUGAUCUAUCUACUGCAAUUUUAUCAGAUUUUGCAUCAGCAAGGAUGUUACCUUCUAGAAUUGGUCUGAACCAUGAGGCACAGGGCAAACCACAUAGUACAUGGCAGGGUACAAACAACGCACAACCUUGGCAUCAACCUGCUACAGUUUUAGGUCAGUAUACACCAACGUUAGUAGAACAUGAAGCAACUGCCUCAUUGAAGCAAGUGCAAUUGGCAGGAGCAACUCAUGGUGUCUCUAAUGCAUGUGUUUUUCGAGAUGCUGUUGUUUCAUCUCAGGUGAAUUCGUCUCGUCAAAUGAAAACACCUUCAGCGGGGCAACAGCCAGUUGUUUUAUUUACGUCUUCUGUCAGUACAAAUUAUCCGGCUGCUUCAUUUACCCCACAGCCACCUGUGCACUCUUCUUUACAGCCACGUGUAGGUGUUGUUACACAGCCGCAUGUUCAAGCUACUUCACGGUCUGUUGAGCAACGGUUGAAACCAAGUGCAGUAACAAGUGAAAGAAUAAUGCCAUUUGCAACUGGAGAAGCUGCUCAUCCAGCACCUGAACGACUCUAUUCUGGGUUAGCUGAUGAAGAGUUUAUGAGGUCUGGAAGUAUGGAAGUACCAAAUCAUACAGUUGAUGAAGGAGGAGGUCACAACAGCAGUAUACACGAUCCCCAGUGUGUAGGCAGUUAUGAAAGUUUGCCACCAAGUCAGUUUCCGGUAUUGCAACAGAAACAGCCAGGAAGCAAUCACAAGAUGGGAAGAUUACACAGAGUUUAUGAUUGA